GUUACCUAGAUCAUGUAUAAACAUGUCUUAAUUAACUUCCUGGUAUGACGACAUUUUGGUUAAAGACACAGAACAGAAAGUAAAUUUAAAUGUAAACAGAUGAAUUGAUAUUUACUUAAAUCAAGAGGUCAUGGCAUCCAGUAAAGCUAGUCAGCCUAUCAGACCAGAAUGUGAUAAACAUGGUAAACAGCUCAAUUCGUACUGCCCCAGACAUUUGAUGCCUUGUUGUGAUGAGUGUAAGUCCACUAGUCAUUCAAAAUGUAAGGGGAUACAAAAUUUAGAAAGUGUCGUGGAGAAAACUAAAAUAGAAAAAUCAAAGGAAUUUGUAGAGAAGGACAUAUAUUCUAUCUUAUCUUUUUUGGAAACAUUAAUCAGCAACAAAUCCAAAAACAUUGAAACUGGAGAAAAUCAAUGUGGUAGUAUAAAAAGGUCAAUUAAAGGAAUUAGACAGAAAAUAAAUAAACAUUUAGACCACCUUGAGAAGAAGUUAUGCCAUGAAACAGACAUCAUCUGGAAGCAGGAAAAAUCUAAAACCACUGAUUUCAUUUCUGAAAUUGAAGGAGAAAAGGAAAACUUGAGAGAAAUAAAAGAACAUUUACAAACAGUCACAAUAAACAGUUCUAAACUAGAAUCAUUUCUUGGUGUACAUAAGAUUGAACAAAAAGUCCAUCAAUGUCAACGAUAUGUUGACGAUCUGGAGGAUGAUGAAAGAGCAAAUGAAGUUGAAAUUAAAAUGAAGCAAAAUGAUGAAAUAGGAAAGAUACUGAACAAGUUGGGUUCAUUAGAAACGCUAGGAGAAGUCAUUGUUACGAAGACAGAAGUAGCAAUGAAAAGAGAAGCCAGUGUAAAGAGGAAAGCACAAGUAGAAUUAGUAAAACAAUCCAACAUAAACAACAUGACCAUGAAUAUUGAGACAAAGAUAAAGAUCUACACGGAGAAGUGGAUCAGAGACAUGAUUUGUCUGAUGGAUGGAAGAUUUAUAGUAGUGGAUGCUGAUGAUAAAGUUAUCCUACUUACUUCUGAUGGCAAACUUCAGAAACAAUUACCUAUACCUGGUGAACCAAGGAGUGUUACACAGAUCAAUCAGAACACUAUUGCCAUAUCUUAUCCUGAUGAAAAAGCCAUUAAGAUCUUCAAUAUGGAAAAUGAAACUGUUACCAAAGUUAUCACAUUAGACAAAGGAUGCUACGGUUUAUCAUUCUCCAAUAAGUCUCUAGCCGUAAGUUUGGGUGAUAAACAAAUCCGUAUGAUAGACUUGGAAGGUAAUACACUGAAGUCAAUACAAGUAGAGAGUAAAUCAAUCCUGGAGAACCUUGUUUACUGUAAUGACAGAGUAAUCUAUAGUGACUUUGCUGGUAAAGCAGUAUACUGUUAUGAUGAAUCAGGUAAACAGAUCUGGCAAUAUACACAGGAUUUAUCCCGACCAGAAGGACUUUGUAUAGAUACUUAUGGUAACAUUAUUGUAACAGACUAUGGAUCUCAUAGAGUAAUAGUUAUAUCAAAAGAUGGACAGGAUAGUAAAGUAUUGAUUAGUGAUGAGGAUAGACUGAAAUACCCUCAGUGUAUUUGUUUUAAACAUAAUGAGUCUUCAGGUUUUAUUUGUGAUUUGGGAGGAACAUACUUAGCAAAAUAUAAUUUAAAAUGAGAUAACAUAAACACUGAUGACUCUUAUGAUAAAACAUCCUGGUGAAAGAAAUAAACAAUUAAAUUAAUAAAUUGGUCACUAGUGAUGAUAUUAGGUGUGAAGUUUGAGAU